AUGAAUCAUGGUCUACUCGACGUAGUAGAAGGAGUCUAUCAGAAGCCAACAGUAGUAGCCCCAGUUGCAAAUCCUUCAAAUGCUGCCGCUGUAACAGCCAACACGGCUGAGAUCAAUGAGUGGAUGAAGAUGGAUAUCGCAGCACAAAACUUCAUUGUGUCUACUAUUGAAGAAAAAGUCAUGCGAACAAUCAUGAACUGUACAACAUCUCAUUUAAUGUGGACUCGUCUUCUGAACCAAUACGAACUAGCAAGCAUGGAAAACAAGCAUUUGUUGAUGGGCAAAUUCAUGUCCUAUCAGUAUGAUUCCAAACAUGACAUAAUGAUUCAUAUUGCUGCCAUCGAAUCCUUAGCAGCUCAACUUCGAGAUGUCAACUCUGCUGUUUCGCAUGAUCAGAUCAUAGCCAAGAUAACUUCGACUCUACCUCUCAAUGGUAACAGAAAUUACAAGGCCUUUAUGUCUGCUUGGAACAGCACUGACAACACAAUCAAGACAAUCCCACUUCCAGCGUCCAGGUUGCAAGUUGAAGAAAACAUGUUGAAGUUAGCUGACGUAACUAUGGAGCCAUCUGAUUCUGGAGCCUUUUUCGUUAACAAAAAGAAAGGGAAGGUUGCAUUCUCUGAGUCAAAGAGAGACUUUAACAGAAGUGAAAAUUGCCCAAAAGUAAUCUGUGCCUAUUGCACAAAACUUAAUCGAAGAGCCAACCAUCUUGAAGAAGACUGUUGGUUGAAACAGUCCUACCUACAAGGAAAAAGCGAUGCUGGUAGUGGCGACGCUCUCCUCACUCAAUCAUCUAGAACUGAACGACCAAUCGAAGAAGAUUCGUAUGCCUUCAAAUCCACUGAUAUUCAAUUUGAUUCAGAUUGUUGGUAUGCCGACUCAGGAGCGAGUGAGCACAUGUCCGAUAUCAGAGACUUAUUCAACAAUUUCCAGUCAAUCCCACUAGGCAAGCGUCUUAUCAAAGGAGUCGGGAAAAACAACGAGGCACUUCAGGCUACAGGAAUUGGAGAUAUUUCCAUUAGAUAUAAAGUUGAUGAUGUGUGGCAUAAUGGCACCCUACGCAAAGUUUUGUUUGUUCCCAAUCUAGGUGUGAACUUGUUCUAA